AUGCACAUGCCCUGGCUCUCCUCCAUCCUCCUGGCGGCCUCGUGCUCCGCCGCCAUGGUGCCACGCGACGCGGCCCAAGCCGAGCAGUUCCGCACCUUGAUCGGCCACGACCUCCCCACGGUGGAAUCGUUUGCACGCAUCCCGCUCCCCGAGGUACGGGUCAUGACGGCCGAGGAGAUUGUCGACUGGGGCGGCGCCGCCACGGACGCUCCUCCGGGGAACCUGACCGUGGAGCGGCGCGACAUCCUCGGCGGGGUGGACGACCGCGUGAAAAAGCUCGACACUGGAUACCCGUGGAGCGCCAUGGGCCGCAUCACCAUCCUCGCCCCCGGCCGGACGACGUGGUGCUCCGGGUCGCUGGUGGGGCCGCGGCACCUGCUGACGGCGCGGCACUGCAUCCUCGACGGCGCGGCGUUCGUCUUCUCGCCGGCCUACGCCAGCGGCGACCGGCUGCGCACCACCUACGCCACGCACGUGCUGCACCUGCCCGGCAAGGAGAAGCAGCCGACGGGCUGGUGCGACUUUAGCGAGGACUGGGCCAUCCUGCGCCUCAACGACGACCUGGGCUACGGCUACCUGGGCUACAAGCUGGUCGAGGACGCCAUGUCGGGCGCCGACCUGGACUGGUGGACCUACGGCUACCCCCAGGACCGGGACGGCGGGCAGGUUCCGUAUGCGCAGAACCGCUUCAAGAUCAAAAAGGUGGGCACCUGCAACGGCGACCCCGCCACGCCCCUCGACUCCACCGCCGAUGCCUUUGGCGGCCAGUCCGGCAGCCCCGUCUGGAUCCCCGAGUCCGGCGGCCGCUACCAGUACGGCGUCUUGGUCGCCAUCACCGCCCAGUCGACUCUCAUCUCCAACGGCCCGGCUCUGCUCAACGGCAUCAUUGCCACCCGCCGCGACUGGCCUUGA